GGCUGAGAGGUUUGUGGAAUUGAACCCAUCAGUAUUUUAGGCGUUUAAAUUGAUUCAGAGCAUUUUUCUUUUUUUUUUAUAAGGUAUUGCAAAUUAAGGUAGAGUGUUAAAUGUAAUAUUUUAUGUGAAUGGAGCUACAUUAAUGACUGAAUAAACGAUGUGUAAGGCACAUCUAAAUGAGUUGCAGAAAGACGUUUUUGUUUAGUUACUUAUUUUAUUUAUUAUUUAAUUUUCAGUUCAUGCUAAACAUAGCAAAGUGUGCAAACAAGUAAAAAAAAAUAAUAAUAAUAAAUAAAUAAAUAAACUCAGGUGGAACAACUGAGAUCUGUGUGACAUAAUAUUAUAAACAUGGAGUUUAUUAAAGAAGAGAAUGAAGAAAUGGGAAUUCCAGAUCCAUGCAGAGUGAAAGAUGAAGAUACUGAGGAGAAAAUAGACCUGAUGCCGGUGAAAGAGGAAGGUCAAGAAAUGAAUGAAGUGGAGGAGAAACAUCAUGAUUUCACCAGUGGAGAAAAAUCCUUUAGUUGCACAGAGACAGAAAAGAAUUCCUCAAAAAAACAAAAAAGAACUCUGAAAACAAGAUCUAAAAGUGGUUUCACUUGCUCUCAAUGUGGAAAGAAUUUCUUGCGUAAAGGACACCUUCGUAGCCACAUGAGAAUUCAUACGGGCGAGAGCCCGUUUACCUGCAAACAGUGCGGAAAAAGUUUUAAUCAAAAAGGAAACGUUAAAAUCCACAUGCGAAUUCACACCGGCGAAAGCCCAUUCGCCUGUCAACAAUGUGGAAAAAGUUUCACUCAAAAAGGAAACCUUAAAAGCCACAUGAGAUCUCACACUGGCGAGAGCCCUUUCACCUGCAAAAUUUGUGGAAAGAGCUUCUCAUUGAAAGGAAACCUUAAUUACCACAUGAAAAUCCAUUCUGGGGAGAAGCCUUUCGCAUGCUCUCAGUGUGGAAAACGUUUCACACAGAAACAAUCUCUUAAUUGCCACAUAAGAAUUCACUCUAGAGAUAACUGUUUUAUAUGCCAUAAGUGCGGAAUGAGUUUCACAGACAUGGAACACCUUAACAGACACGUAAUAACUCACACUGGAGAAAAGCCUUUCGAAUGCCAGCAGUGUGGAAAGAGGUUCAGAUUAAAUAAAAACCUUAAGAGUCACAUGAGAGUUCACACCGGAGAAAAGCCUUACACGUGCAAGCACUGUGGAAAGAGUUACGCUCAAAAAGGAAACCUUAAUGUUCACGUUCGACUUCACACUGGAGAGCGGCCUUUCAUUUGCCCUCAGUGUGGAAAGGGUUUCACACAUAAAGGAAAUCUUAAGAGUCACAUAAGACUUCACACUAGAGAGACGCCUUACAAGUGUCUUCAGUGUGGAAAGAGUUUCACUUAUCAGAGAGACCUGAAAAUUCAUUUACAUAUUCAUUCUGAGUUCGUACUGCAGUGUUCGGAGUGUGGCAAGACUUUUGCAGACAAGAUCAACUUCUUAAAUCAUCUACGCAUUCACCCCGGAGAAAGGCUGUUUAACUGCGAUCGCUGCAAUAAAAAGUUUCUUUUUCAGUCUCACUUAGAGAUACACAUGAAAAGCCACACUGACGAGAGAACUUAUUUGUGUUCUUUGUGCGGAAAGGAUUUUAAAUGGCUUGGCAAUUUGAAAUCACACCAGAAAAUGCAUGCUGGUGCGAAUGCUUGUGUCAGAGCGAGCCACUUGAAACAGAAGCAACAAAUCCAUUCUGGAGAAAAAACAGACAAGGAUUCCAAUAGCGCAGAGACUUUGACUUCUUCAGAAACUUCAAAAACAGAAGGGAUGCAUCCUGGAGAGAAGCUAUACAGCUGUGCUUCAUGUGGGAUGAAUUUCAGCACAACAAUUUAUCUAUUGGCUCAUGAGAAAAGACACUGUCCAAAAUAGCUAUAAAGAGCAAAGCUCAUCUUCAGGUGAAUGGAGUAAAAUUACGACGCAUUUGUUGCAAGUUCUACGGAGGAAGAGGUCAAAAUAUGUUUAAUAAAUGUUUUCUUGCUGUGCAGUACCACAGGGAUGUUUUGGAUUGUGGAUUAGCAUUUGUAUGAAAUUAAUUAGGCAAGGUUAAUUAAGUAGCACAUCUUAUACACAAUAGUAAUAGCGUGAGAAAGAAAAUAAACGUAAAAAUAAAUUAAAAGUUGUAUUUAAAUUGGAAUUGGGUGAAUAAAAAGGAAAGAAAAAAUAUAUAUAAGGAAAUAAUCUGAAAGAAUGCAGAUUGCACAGUACUCAUUCAUUGAUUAGUUCUGUCACGACAACUCUCGGAGAGUUUAGCAUGGUAAUAUACGAAAAUGUCAAUGUGUUUGGUCUUGACAGAAUAGAUCUGCUACACUGCUACUGCAGCAGAGCAAACAUCGAGACUUACUACCGUCAAUACAUCUACACACAUGCUGCUUUGAGGAAAUACUUCUGCUGCACAUAUAACACAUAUGAAAUAACCCCUGCAUAUAUCCCGCUGUAGCAGAUCUAUACAGGUGGAGCUGGGGAAGGUGGAGGGUUUCUGAAGUGAGUUACAGCUGCUACAGUAAGCACUAGCAGAGUAUUUGAAUGCUGAGCAGCAAGCUCAUUGGCUGCUGAUGAGAAAAGAAACCAAUUGGCUGCGCCGUGUGAAUGAUAUGAUUGUGUUAGAUUGAGUUAGAGCCUAUCGGCCUGCGCCAUCUAGAGUUUCAUGGUAGAACUUUGUAUUUAUGUUAUAUUUUCUUAUAUAUUUUGUUUUGUUUGUAUAAGUUGACAAUAAUAAUAAUUUAAAAAAUUAAAAUUAUGAAUUCUUGUCAGUUUAAUAGAGAGUAUCACUCUGUUCCUUAAGUAAAAAUUCCAUUAAUUUGAUUUGAUUUGAGGAAAAUUGAUUUUAAACAAUAACUAAUAAACCUCUAAAGACAGA